AAAGCAGCUUCUACUCAUUUGGUUAUGCAUCAAAACAAACCCUAAUCUCACAUCUGCGACAAUGAAGAAGACAGCAUGCUCAUCGUCGUAUGAAUCCACAGACUCAUCUUCCGAUGAAGAAGUUGCUCAAUCUAACCCUAAACCCAAAACCCUAACUGUCAAACCCUCAUCUUUCGAUGAAUACUCAACUUCUGAUGAUGAAUACUUACCUUCUGAUAAAGAAGUUGUUCAAUCUAACCCUAAACCUCAAACCCUAACCGCAGGACUAGUGUUCAAAUCUGGAAGCAAGCGUUCCAUCGACAACAGUGGAAACCCUAAUGAGGUACCCCCUGCAAAGAAACCAGAAACAAUGUCGGAACUGUUACCCUUGGUUGAUUCUAGUUUGAUGACUAUAACCACCUCUGCAGACGUGAAGGAAUACCAAAACUCAUUCGUAUUCGAGAUGGACUUGCCGGGAUUGAAAUCUGGUGAUAUCAAGGUUGAGGUUGAAGAUGAUAAAGUGGUUGUGAUAACCGGCGAGAGGAAGAGGGAAGAAGGAGGUGGCGGAGUCAAGUACCUAAACAUGGAGCAGCGAAGAAUGUUUGGGAAGUUCAGUGGAAGGUUUCUUCUUCCUGAGAAUGCUAAUGCUGAUGCUGUUUCGGCUGUGUGUCGAGAUGGGGUGCUUACUGUUACUGCUCUCAAGAAAUUGCCUCCUCCUCAGAACCCUAACAAGCCUAGAAGAACUAUUGUAUGCUUGAAUUGAAAACUCUGUUUUAAAUAAUGAAUGAAUGUAGUUAGUG